AUGUCUAGCCAGAUUGACGAAUACUUCGAUGCUGCAUUAGAACUUGUAAAGUCAUCAGGAAACCUUAUAAAAGAACAUGUAACCGGUUGCAAGGUAUUUGAACUGAAGUCCUGCGAUAUAGAUUUUGUGACUGAAAUUGAUAAAAAGGUUGAACAAACGUUAAUAGGCGGUCUUUCAGAAAAGUUCCCUUCACAUAAAUUUAUUGGUGAAGAAUCUGUGGCUGAUGGCGCAAAAUGUAUCCUUACCGAUGAUCCAACUUGGGUCAUCGAUCCUGUAGAUGGAACAAUGAAUUUUGUGCAUGGAUUUCCUCACAGUUGCAUUUCUCUUGGCUUAGUCAUCAAUAAAAUAUCAGUUGCUGGGAUAAUUUAUAAUCCGAUAUUAGAGCAAUUAUUCACAGCAAAGAAAGGUCAGGGUGCGUUUUUAAAUGGACGACAAAUACACGUUUCACAAGUGAAAGAGCUUCGUAAUGCUCUGGUUGCAUUUGAAGCAGGAACAAGUCGUGAUGAAGAAAAAACUAAAGUUGUAUUUGAAAAUUAUAAACAGAUUGUAAGUAAAGGACAUGGAGUGCGAGCAUUAGGCUCUGCAGCUUUAAAUAUGGCUAUGGUAGCAUUGGGUGGCGCUGAUGCCAACUUUGAAUUUGGUAUUCAUGCUUGGGAUGUAGCUGCGGGCGACAUCAUAGUUAGGGAGGCUGGUGGUGUUUGCAUAGAUCCAGCUGGGGGUCCAUUUGAUAUACUAUCAAGGAGAGUUCUGUGUGCUUCUACUCCUGAAUUAGCCCAAGAGAUAUCUAAAGUUUUAUGUCAAUAUUAUCCAGAGAGGGAAUAG